UUGAAGUGGAAGAAUUAAACUUGGUGGCAAGAAAGUCGCGAAAGAGUGUUGACUAUUGUAAGAAAAAGGUAUAAUUUGAACGCGCCAAAAGGAAUUUACCAUCUUUACGCAUUGCUUAAAGACAAUUUCGCUGCGCCUCCGCUAACAACUGCGCCUGGAAUAAAUAUAUAGAAAACGUAACUAACACAAACUCACACACGCACGCAGCAAAAAAAAAAAGAAACUAAAAACUGUGCUGGAGGAGAGCCGCUGACGCUACGCCACGCCGUGUAAAACGGCUCAAAAAAGCACCCAAUUUGUUGUGCACCCAACAAAAAGCAGCGAACUAACAAACAUAAAUAUAUAUAUAUAUAUAUAACUAUAUAUAUAUAUAUAGAUAUAAGUUAGUUGUAUCAAUAAGAGGAAAGCGACGCAGCAAAAUGAAUUCGAAGCGCGUCAAAUACACAACGCUGUCAACACAAACAGAUGCACCAUCGACGAAGAAAAUCGUUCCCGUUAUUCUCCAUCACGACGAUGAAGUGGAAUCGACACAAUAUACGUAUGCGUAUACGACCAAUGAGGAUGACGACACCGAGACGGCCGUGGUGACCCUUACCGAUCGCGAACACGAGGCUCUGGCCAAUGCCCAGGAGGUGAUUAUCGAUGAGAAUGGGCAUGCUGUGACGCUGCAGCAGUUGGUCGAGAACAGCACCGUUGAGGAGGUCGAAACGAUUGACCAGGGUGACGGCACACACACCAUACUCCGCAUUGUGCCCAACAUGGCCGACGAUGACGAUGAGGGCGACGAGGGUGACGAGGACGAUGAGGAUGACGACGACGAUGAUGGCGAUGGCGAUGGUGAUGGCGAUGGCGAGGCCAUCGAUGAAUAUGAUGACGACAUUGUGGGCGCCGAGCAUGACGAGGCCGAAUUGGAGGAGGAGAAUGAAAUGGGCUCGAUUGUGUUCGAGGGCACCAUCGAUAACAGUCCCGAAUCCGAUUCGCAGUUGCACAACAAAGCCUUCUACUGUCCAAAUUGUGGCAAUUGCUACAGUGCCGCCGGAUCGCUAAAGCUGCACAUGCGCGCCUGUUUGCGUCAGCGCAACGAGGUCUCCGCGGAGGAUCGCAAGUGCAAGGUGUGCACCAAGGUCUUCAAUUCGGUGGCGUAUCUCAAGGAGCAUAUGAUGCGUCACACUGGCGAACAGCCGUAUCGCUGCAUCCGCUGCUAUCGCAAAUUUGUCGACGAGUCCAAAUAUGAUAGGCACAUGGAUUCGCACAAGCAUCAGGAUAAACUGGAGGCCGAGGCCGAGGCACUGGCCGCCCAGCAUGGCGGCAAAAAGGUGAUCGUCAAGGAGUUCACCUGCUCAUUCUGCACAGUUAGUUUCACCGUCGUCUUCGACGUCGGUCAGGUGAAGCGUCGCUACGCCUGCGAUGCCUGCCGCGACAAAUACUCGAACGCGGAGGCGUUACGCCAGCACAAACAGCAGCUCGAGAAGAAGCGCGAGUAUAGCUGCGAGCGAUGCGGACGCAAGUUCGUCUUCGAGGGAUUCCUGCAACGCCAUCUGCCCACAUGCGAUGGAAGCAUUAAGCGCCGUCGUGACAUGAAGUAGAGGUGGCAGCAACGUGAUGGCAAUUGGAGGAGGCGGCGCAAAAGAUCUGACCACCACGAAGAUGACGAGCACAUCGACGAGGAGCAGAUGCACCAUGGCGUCGUGCCAGAUCAAGCGCACAUGUCACCGCCAAUGCGUUACGUUGUUAUUAAACCGGAGCAGCUCGAGGAGCUAGAACCGGAGGAGGAGCAGGAGGAGGAGCACCAGCAGCCCUAGAGGCUGGCCAAAA